AUGAGGAUUAGACCACUUGAGAAUUUGAAGGAAAUAAUUUUGGAUUUAUUAGAUUGGUAUAAAUAUGCGACUUUGAAGCAACAGCACGCAACAAUGCUCUUUAGUGGAGCAUUCCUGGGCUUGAUUGUCGGAAGGACUCAGCAUAAGCGAAGAAUGAAGUCCGGCGAGUUCAGCCGAGACUUUGAGCUUGUAGCUUACAAAGUUGAGGAUGAAAAAAGGUUUGAAGAAAACUGGAACAGACUGGCCUUACUUGCUCAAAAACAACCUGGAUACAAAUAUACCAAACUCUAUAAAGCUUGUUAUCCAGAUAGAUCACCGAUACAUUAUUUCAAAUUAAGAUUAUGGCGUAAUAAAGAUGACUUGGAGAAUUUUAGGAAUCUGGAGCAGUACAAGGUCCUGAGAAAAAAUUUGGAUGAAAGUUCUAGUAAAGUACGGUUCGGGAGCACAAAAGUGAUCAUUGAUGAUACUGUAAGGAGAGAAAUACCAUACAGAAAUACACUCUUUUAUUAA